GGCUGAAGAAGCUAGACUGAGGUUUAAUGUAAACAGCUGCUCGGAAAUGUAGAAAUAAGUAGGUUUCCACAAGACGAAGAGGGCCAAUUAGCUGCCAAACGCUCACCUUUGAAAGUUUGAGUGCAUGGGUGCUAGAAGUUCAGAGCUGACACAUAAGGCAACUGAAAGAUCAUGUCAGCUAUCAAGAUCGCCCUGCAGCAGAGCAAAAAGAGGGACAGGCGGAAAACCUCUGAAGCAAUGUCUGAAGAUGUGUCCCCAGACUCCAAGUGUCCCAUCUGUUUGGACAUUUUUAACAACAUUUCAUACCUGGACCUAUGCCUGCACAAGUUCUGUUUCCGUUGUAUUCACGAAUGGUCCAAGAACAAAGCUGAGUGCCCUCUCUGCAAACAGCCAUUUAAUUCAAUAUAUCACAGUAUAAAGUCAGAGCAAGACUUUAAGAAGUAUGACCUGAAGCCACUAGAUAAUGGCUCCUUUGGGUCUUUUGAGGGAGUGCGGUUUAGAUACCGCACAACUCUUACUGGGGUACAUCGACAGAUGCAGAGAAGGACCUCUCCUCCUCCAGACAAUGGAGUAAUGUUUGAAGCCUCAACAAACCCUCCCCAACAUCGACAGGACCGUUACAUCAGGCGCAUGAUGAUGAGGUUGGCAGCCAAGAGGAGAGCUGCAAGUGAAGGCAGGGCAGUGAACAAUGUCAGAGAGCAAGAAAUGGUCAACUUCAGGAGGGAACUGUACCGAAGAGGUGUGAGGGUGAGGGGUGUGAGGGAUGGCGGCCGCUCUCGAGACACCUCGGCUGAGUUCUACCGAAGAAAUCCUGCCUGCCUCCAUAGACUUAUCCCCUGGCUAAAAAGAGAACUUGUGGUGCUGUACGGGCUCCAUGGCUCUUUGGUCAACAUAGUUCAACACAUCAUUAUGUCUCGCAUUACACGUUAUGAUAUGGAGGAGGGACCUAUUCAUGAAGAGCUCAGGCCGUUCCUCCAGGGACGCACGGAGCAUUUUCUGCAUGAGUUCAUCAGCUUUGCAAAGUCCCCUUUCAAUAUGGAAGCUUAUGACCAGCAUGCCGUCUAUGACUGCCCAGCCCCUUCUUCCAAUGAGGACAGCAGCUCCAACUCAUCUGUAAUAGCUAUCUCAGAGGAUGAGGAAACCUCUGUGGAUUUGGACCCUCCAGGAGACACCACAUCUACUCUGAGCCACUCUAUGUGGGAUGAUGAGACGCCUGGACCAUCAUAUUCUACGACAGCAGAGCAGAGCAGGACAGAGAGGCUGUCAGUCCCUGACUCAGACACAGACAGUCUAGAGGAGGAGACACAAGCGUUUGGGGUUUCUCCACAGCAAAUUAGUUCUCAUGACCAAACAGACUUGACUCAGGGUGAAGUUAACAUCAAGGAGUGUUUGUCCUCUGAUACUGAUGACUGUUUAAUUGUGGGUUUUAUUAAGCCAACAGCUGAUAGGACUCCUGAGCUGGUCCAGCUCUCCUCUGACUCUGAUGAGUCUGCAGGGGAAGAUACUAAAGAAGUGCCUCAUCUACCUCAACACAUCCGCUUCACCAGUCUCAGUCCUCUAGCUUCACAGAGUAGCGAUCCUGGACGGUCAGAAUAUGUAGAAACUGACCAAUGUAGUCAGUCGGAUUCAAAAGAAGGAUGUAGAUCUUUCACAUCUAGCAGACACAAGACAUCCAGUAAGUCCGAAAGAAAAAACAGGGAUCGCCGUGACGCAGACAGAAGAUAUGGUAAUAGUAGUGGAUCAUGGGAGAGGCACUGGUCAAAGGAAAUAGAUCAUAGGAGAAAGAGGAGGUCAAGGAGUGCAGAGCGCAGACACUCUAGCAGGAGCCCAGUGGUUUCGCAAAGUAGUAGAGAAAGAGGUUAUUCUUACUCCGGUGGCAGAGACUUCACCUACUCAAAAUGUGACAGCAAAUAUAAAAGAAGGGACAAUAAUUUUAGCUACAAUACACCACCACACAGCUAUCAGUCAUAUAGCCAUUACAGCCAAGAAAGAGAUGAGAGUGGGCUGCAUUACAAAGAGAGACGGUCCUACUAUUACAGUAGCCGAAAGUACUCUGAUCGACACUCCUACUCUCGCUCUAGGAGCCACAGUAGGGAAUCAUACCGACAAGACCGGAGGCAUUCUCGAUCGAGGACUAAUUCGAGCAGUCGCUCCCCCUCAUCGAGAAGGAGGCCUCAUCAUGACAAGCCCGGUGGGAAGAGGAAAUACAAAACGAGACACUUGGAGGAACCUUCCAACACGCUUUCCAGCUCUCACCCUGAAGGCGACGCCUUGACAACACAUACAAAACACAGUAAAAAGAGCAAAGAGAAGCAUCAUAAAAAGUCCAAGGAGAGGUCAAGGAAGGGUAGUAGGAGCCUCAGUGUGGAGCUCGUCAACGAGGAAAAUUCAUGUGAACGAAGCAGACGUCACCACAAGAAAAAGAAGAAGCACAAGAAGAAAAGCAAAAGGCACAAGAGUCACGAACGCACAGAGAAACAUUCACCCACUGUCAUUACCAUUGAUAGUGACACUGAUGAUGUUGCUAAUGACAGCGUUACCCAGGCCAGUAUCUCUAACGACCUCAUCAAUAAUGCCACAGAUGACCCAGUAGACCCCACCCCUCUGGACUCUCCACUGCCAUAACUGGGAGGGCACAUAUCCACUGUGUGUGUGGUGGGAACUGAUGGAUUCACCCUCAGCUGCUAAAACCUGCCAGCAGUAUUUUAGAUGAGAACAGUGUAAAAUAGUUUGCAGGUCAUCUGACCUCGAUGGAUGUGGUGGAUUAUACACAGGUCCCUUUUUAAAUGCAACCACAAGUAUUCAUUGGACAUCGGCUUACAUAACAAACAUAUAUAUUCUUGUAGAAUUGGAUGGAGGUCAUCUGUGGAUAAGUGACUGUUUUAGACCAUCACGGCCUACUUUCUUGACUCUGAUAACUAACACCUAAACAAUCCUAUUUUACUUGCGAAGUGCCACUAUGAACAAAGCUCAAUUGAAUAAAUAGGGAGUCGUUCACUUGUUCGUGUUCUGGAUAUUCAUUAUUUUCAAAGGAAAUAUUUUAAUUUCUCAGGUGCUCUCAGGGAUAAUGUUGAUUACAGUGAUUUUUUUUGUUAUGGUUAAGUCAGCUAUAUUCUUGAGACAAAACCGUUUCUACCUGCUGCUCGUGGAGUAGCGCUAAUUAUCAACAGAUUGUAAUUGGAUUUCACGAAUGGGCUCUUUUGUAUGGAAUUUUAUUUAAAAAUAAAUUGUAAU